CUUAUUUAUUUUCAUCUUUCAACUUUGAAAAUGGCAUCACAUGGUCAGAGUUACAGGGCUGGUGAAGCUACCGGUCGAGCUGAGGAGAAGGCAGAUCAAAUGAUGGGAAAGACAAGAGGAGCAACCGAAGCAAUGAAGAACAAGGCCCAACAAGCAAAAGACAAGACUAUGGAAACAGCCCAAGCAGCAAAAGAAAAGACUUCUGAGAAAGCCUAUGAGGCUAAAGACAAAACAUCUAACAUGGCCCAAUCUGCUAAGGGUCAGGCCCAACAAUCCAAGGAUCAAACUGGAUCCUUUGCUUCUGACAAGUCCCAAGCAGCCAAGGACAAGGCUUAUCAAGCAGCCCAAGCCACCAAGGAGAAGGCGUCCGACAUGACGGAAUACGCUAAGGAGACGGCAGAAGCUGGCAAGGAGAAAACUGGAGGAAUUCUUCAAAGGACAGGUGAACAAGUUAAGAGUAUGGCUCAAGGUGCUGCUGAUGCUGUUAAGAAUACUUUUGGGAUGGGUGAACCUGAAGAAGAUGAUCCAAUUAAGACUACUAGGCCCUAGAUUAGGGUUUUGGGCCUUUAUAUGUUAUUGGGCUUUUCAAUCUGUUGGGUUGUUUUAAUUGUUGGGUUCGUGUUUUUAAUAUGUGUUGGGCUUGUUGUUGUGAGUACAAGAGAGUGACAGUUUUUUUGGUUGUCAUUCUGUUGAGAGUGGGUGUGUUGAUUAUAGUGGUGUUAAUUUAAAUAAUGUCAAAAAUUUCCCUUAUAAAUGAUACAUCAUGUUUUAGUUGUUUUAUGUUUCAUUUUUGAUUUUCUCAUUGAAUCACAAAUUUCUAACCCAUUAGCCCAACCCAUAAACCAUAACAAUUGUCGGAUCAUAAAAAUUUAUGAUUAAUUUUAAUAGUUUUAAAAUAAUUAGUUAUAAUUGUCUUUAAAUACAUCAUUUUAUUUAUAAAAAGUGAUUAAUUAGAAAAAUACUAAUAAAAUGAGUUUGUUUAUAGUAAGGUAAUUUCAUGCUUAAGACAUGCAUAUCAAGUUAAAUAUUGUAAUUAUACAUUUUAUUUUAAAUUAAAAAAAUUAAGAAUCAAUAAUUAUGACUUUACAGUUGGGAAGAAUAAAUAAACUCUAAACAUGAUUAUGUUAUGAUUAUGGUUUG